AUGAUGGACGAGAAGUUACAGGCAGAUAUACAGGAGGUCGAUCCUGCCGUCGCCUUCCCAGCUAACCAGCAGCACGUACACUCGACAUGGGCCCGCACAUUCCACUCGCGACCGGAGCUGUAUAUCCAACCAGAGACGACCGAGGAGAUCCAGAAGAUCAUCAAGCUCGCCCGGCGAAGCAGGAGGCGCAUUGUCGUCGUCGGCUGCGGCCACUCGCCCAGUGACCUUACCUGCACUUCGUCAUGGAUGAUCAACCUCGACAAGUACAACCGCGUGCUCAAUGUCGACCGCGACCGCAAACGCCUCACCGUCCAGGGUGGCAUCCGUCUGCGCGACCUGAACCUGGCCGCCAGCAGCCACGGCCUCACCAUGCCCAAUCUCGGUAGUAUCCACGAUCAGUCCAUUGUCGGCGCCAUCUCGACCGCCACCCACGGCAGCACCCUCAGACACGGUCUCAUGUCCGACUCGGUCAAGUCCAUUCGCAUUGCCCUUUCCAACGGCUCCAUCGCUUCCUGCUCCGCCGAUGAGAACCAAGACCUGUUCCGUGCCGCCCUCACAUCCCUCGGUGCUCUUGGCAUCAUCACUGAAGUCGAGUUCGAGAUGACGGACGCGACAAACAUCGAAUGGGAACAAACUCUGAAACCCCUUGACUGGGUGCUUUCGCGCUGGGACAAUGAUCUGUGGACAAACAAGGAAUUCACCCGUGUCUGGUGGCUACCUUACAUGAAGAGAGCUAUCGUUUGGUCUGCCUCUAAGACGGACAAGCCAGAGAGACCCCCAGUAUCGAGCUGGUACGGAGGCUCCGUUGGCUUCCACACCUACCAUGUACUUCUCUGGAUCUCAAACUACGUCCCUCGCAUUCUUCCCGCCAUCGAGUGGUUUGUCUUUGGUAUGCAGUAUGGCUUCUCUGAUCAUGCUGUCACUAGUGGUAUUGAGCCUCAGCGAACUGGUCUGCUCAUGAACUGUCUAUACUCUCAAUUCGUCAACGAGUGGGCUUUGCCUCUCGAGAAGGGCCCUGAGGCCAUCACUCGUAUGUCUGCAUGGAUCAACGGCGAGGAAGGCUCUGGAAUUCCUUUCAGCAACAAGGGUCUCUAUGUUCACGCUCCUGUCGAAGUCCGCGUUUCCGACACCUCUCGCGUCCAGCCCAGACCUUGGAUGGACAACACUAACCCCAAUGGCCCUACUCUUUACCUCAACGCCACUCUCUACCGUCCCUUCUUGAAGGACCCUCCAUGCCACGAGCGCUAUUACGAAGCCUUCGAAUACCUCAUGAAGCAACUCGGAGGCAAGCCUCACUGGGCAAAGAACUUCUCCACCGUCACCAACGACGACCUGCAAAACAUGUUUGGCGACAACCUGAAGUCUUUCCUGCGCGUGCGCAACGAGGUCGACCCUGAUGGUGUCUUCGUCGGCGCAUGGCACCGCCGCUACCUGUUGCCUGCCGACGCCCCUCGCUUCGCUUGCGAGGAGAAGGAGUUGGCAAGAACGCAGGCUGUCGAUGGUGGCAAGAACUGGUUCGGCGAUUUGACAAGCCAUCCAAGAACUGCAGAUGAAAAGACUGCUCUGCUCUCGACGGAUCAAGGUCCCGACCAUGAUGAUCUUGAGGAUGCACGUCGCUUCAGAGAGACUGCUGCCGAGAGUCUGUUUGGCACGAAAGUGUUUGAUAAGAUGUGA